AUGGGAGGAACGAGAGGCGCAACCACGCCAUUGUACGCAUCACGCUAAUUCUCGUCAGUUUUCACGAAUAACAAGUAAAAAAUAACUUAAAUGCAUGGACAACAUGUACAGUAAUAACAUUGACCCGUGGGAGCCGGGUUAUGGGCCUGAGAGGAGAGGGCAUAAUUCAGACUAUGAUUAUCGCAAUGAUUAUGGAAGCAGCAGGUCACCAGAUUACGGAGAACAUCGUGACAAUGAUCACCGUGAUAGAGACCAUCGUAGCCCAGAAUAUAGGAACCAUCGUGGUCGGGAUAGAGACCGUGAAAGAGACCGGUCAAGAGACAGGAGGGAUAGGAGCAGAGAUGAUAGAGACCGUAGCUACAGAGACAGAGAAGAUCGUUAUGGAAGGCAAAGAGACAGAGAUUCUGCAGAAAGAGACAGAGAUCGUGACCGUGAGCGCGACAGAGAUAGAGACCGUUCUAGGAGAGAUAGAGAUAGGGACAGAGAUCGAGAUCGUAGAGGAAAACGGGAAGAAAGAGAUCGGGAUCGCGAUGACGAUCAUAGCCGAGAAAGUAUGGACUUUGAGCAUGACCAUGGACGUACUUAUGGUUCGUCCAUGGAAGGCAUCCACUACAAAUCUCAAUCUCCAAACAACACCAUAAUGAUUCGCGGGCUUGCUCAGCAUAUUACAGAAAAUGACGUGCGGCAAGACAUCCUCAACUGUGGUCUCAUGCCCAAGGACAUCAGGCUGAUUCGUAAAAAGGAUACAGGUGCUUCGCGAGGUUUUGCAUUCGUCGAGUUUAACGCGACUCAGGAGGCCGCACGGUGGAUGGAGAUGAAACAGGGAGUACUGAUGCUGCAGGACCAGUACCGUGCCUUGAUGCAGUACAGUAUACCAAAAGAUUGCCAUGUAGAUAAACCACCAGCAAAAAACACACAAGAUUGGCACUGUGUUAAGUGUGGCGCGCAUAAUUUCAAGAGGCGUGAAACAUGCUUCAAGUGUUCCGCCUCUCGAGCAGAGAGUGAAGAAGGCGGAGAAGGUAGCGAUGAAAUCAGUCCUCAUCCUACAAACACCGUUCUUCUUCGAGGAUUGGACGUAUUGACAACCGAAGAUUCGGUCUUGCAAGCAAUGAAGAAUCUCUCAUCAAUGCCGAUACGUAGUAUCCGUAUUGGUCGCGAUUCACUUACAAACACAUCAAGAGGCGUGUGUUACUUGGAAAUGGGCAACGUAGUGGACGCCAUGUAUUUACACACCGCCCUCACGAAACAAGAAUUGGUGGUGGAUGGUAGAAAAGUUGAGAUCACCUAUUGCAAGCUUCAUCAAAUAAAUAAUACCAACACGUGGAAAGCGAAUGACAACCAGCCGCAAAGAUAUACUUUAGACGAUGUUGCUCAAUUGGCAGAGUAUAGUGCCAACUUAUACGCUAAGACACCUGCACAGAAAGCUCACUACCUUCAGUAUUACACACAAUAUUAUCAGAAUCAAAUAAUGCAGGGGUCCGCGAUCACUUUGCCAUCUUUGAACCAGACUGAUAGAGUGAAUGCAGCCGCGGCUGUAGCACAAUCUGCCAUACAGCAAUUACAAGCGUCAAGGAAAUUAGGGGAUUCUGAGGAAAUGAAAAAUAGACCAACACCAACAGCUCCAACUAGUACCACGUUGGCUAGUGGAAGAGUACCUGCACACGGUAGCGACGGUAAAGUAUAUUCUGUGCCAGAUGUUAGCACUUAUCAUUAUGAUGAAUCAUCGGGCUACUAUUACGAUCCGAGCACGGGAUUGUAUUACGACCCUAAUUCGCAAUAUUAUUAUAAUAGUCAUACGCAACAAUUCCUUUACUGGGAUGCCGAAUCUUUCUCAUAUCAACCAGCGAAGACUGCUACAACCGUAACACAAGCGACCGGUACAACAUCUAGCGGGACUACAAUAACUGCUACAGCUAGUAGCACCGAUUCGACGAAUACGGUUACGAAUCAAGCAACAACUUCGUCGGUUACCAUCGCAGCUCAGGAAGUCUCGAAGGACGACGAAAGUAAAAAGAAGGACAGUAAACAAGAUAAGGUGAAAGUAGCGAAAAAAAUAGCAAAAGAUAUGGAACGUUGGGCAAAAACUUUGAAUCAAAAGAAAGAAAACGCCAAGAGCAAUUGGAAUUCCGAAUUUGCUGGUGGUGAUGGUAAUCAAGGUGUCGGAAGUGGAGCUGCGGACGCAGGAUACGCAAUAUUGGAAAAGAAAUCUCUCGCAAACUCUUAUCAUGAGGAUGAAGACCAGAGCGGAAAUAAUGGCUUGGUUGCUGCUUAUGGCGGCGGUAGUGAUACGGAAGAAGAAAUAGAAGACGUACAACAAGAAGAAAGACAACAUACAGAUUGGAGCAAGUUGGCAUGCUUAUUGUGUAAACGACAAUUUCCAAGCAAAGAAGCGUUGCUUCGACAUCAACAAUUAUCUGACCUUCAUAAGCAAAAUUUGGAAAAUUGGUAUCAAGUGCGUGGUCUAGACCCAAACGAUCCACAGCAAAGAAAUAACAAAUACCGGGAUCGCGCCAAAGAAAGGAGGGCGAAAUAUGGCGAGCCAGAACCUCCACAGCCAAAUAAACUUAAAGAGAAAUACUUAAAGACCAGAGUAGAGGAGAUAUCAGUAUCGUACGAAGAACCCACAAGAGCCGGCAUUGGUUCGGAUAACGUUGGUAACAAACUUUUACAAAAAAUGGGGUGGAGUGAAGGAAUGGGGCUUGGUAAAUCGAACCAAGGUAGGACGAGUAUCAUCGAGGCAGAAAGAAGAGUUCCUACAGCGGGUUUGGGGGCGAAAUCAUCGUCGUAUAGUGCGUUACCGGGGGACACGUACAAGGAUUGCGUAAAGAAAAUGAUGUACGCGCGUUAUCAAGAACUGUCCGAUACAUAAUACAUUGAGUAUCGUUGAAAAUAGAUUUUAUAUAUAAAGAAGUACUUGUACCCAAUUUUCCAUAGAUGAAUAGGUAUGUACGCGUAUUACCCGAAUAAUGUGCAGGUUGCAUACUGGUAAUUUCAAGGGUGAUAAUCCAUUCUUGGGAAUAUACAUGAUUUUUUUUUUAUCGCUUUUCUUUAAACUUUCAAUAUAUUAGAUUUUUCUUAGGGUAUAUAAAUUAACGAUAUUGCACACACUGUUUUUUUCCAUUCAACUUAAUGCGUUGUGCUACUUUAAAAUUUUAUCCGUGUAAGAAUUAAAC